AUGGGUAAGCGUCUUUCUAUGGAUAAUACCAUAGAAUUUUUGAAAGGAAGGGUUUACCUUGGAGCGUAUGACUAUGUUCCAGAGGAUGACGAUGAAGUCGUGUAUUUUACCGUUGAAAACACACUUUUCUAUAAUAGAUUUCAUCUUGAUUUUGGACCCAUGCAUAUCGGACACUUGUACCGUUACGCUGUAAUAUUUCAUGAGAUCUUGAAUGAUCCAGAGAAUUUCCAGAAAGCGGUGGUUUUUUAUUCGUCUACAUCGACGAGACAACGCGCAAACGCUGCUUGUAUGCUGUGUUGCUACAUGGUAUUGAUCCAGGGUUGGACUCCUCAUCAAGUUUUGCAGCCGUUGGCUCAAGUAGAUCCUCCGUUUAUGCCAUUUAGAGAUGCAGGUUAUUCGAACGCCGAUUUUGAAAUUACAAUUCAAGAUAUAGUAUAUGGUAUCUGGAGAGCAAAAGAGAAUGGAUUGAUUGAUCUUUCGAAUUUCCAAUUAGAAACUUAUGAAAAAUAUGAAAGAGUAGAGAAUGGUGAUUUAAACGCAUUGACUCCAGAUUUCAUUGCUUUUGCUUCGCCACAAGAGGAGAUGCGCCGACACCAAGCAUUAUCUUCUGCGACUAAGUCCCACUUGAAUCAACCCUUCCGUAAAGUGUUGGAUUAUUUUAAAGAGAACGAUGUUCAAUUGGUCGUUAGAUUAAACUCCCAUCUUUACAACAAGAAACAUUUCGAAGAUAUCGGCAUACAGCAUCUGGAUAUGAUUUUUGAAGAUGGAACUUGUCCCGAUUUAUCAAUUGUGCAAAAUUUCGUAGGGGCAGCAGAAACCAUAAUAAAGCAAGGCGGUAAAAUCGCAGUCCAUUGUAAGGCCGGGUUAGGAAGAACAGGAUGUUUAAUCGGUGCGCAUUUGAUAUACACUUACGGAUUCACUGCAAAUGAAUGCAUUGGGUUCUUGAGAUUUAUGAGACCUGGUAUGGUUGUUGGACCUCAACAGCAUUGGUUGUAUCUAAAUCAAAAUUCUUUUAGAGAAUGGAAAUAUACCAUGCGGUUAUCACAGGAACCAAGCGAUGUGAUCGGAGGACUAUACCCAUUGAUCACCGUGGAAGAGUAUAAGCAGCAAAAGAGAAAGAAGAAAGUAAAUUACGAAGCAGAAUAUACCCAAGAUGAUCAUACAAUGACUCCUCCGUCUGUAUCAAAGAAAACAAUAGGCUUUCAAAAGAACUCGCAUACCGCAGUACCUCAACAAUCUCCUGGUCAACCAAGAAAGGGACAUGGAGGCAACACAAUCGAAGACAUCAACAAGAAGGAAAACCAGGUUGCCGCCAAGAUUACCGAUAAUAACAGUGACAUAGAUGAUUCCAUGAAUACUGAUAAUAGCAUGAAAACGUCUCCAAAUGACACAAGACAAGUUAACAACUCGUCUAUAGAAGACACAGACGCAUUGAGACAAAUUCUGCCUAAAAACAGACGUCUGGCGUCAUCAAACGGAAAAAGAACCACCAGUGGGGUCAGAAAGAUAUCGUCGAGUAAGAGAUAG